AUGGUGUGGGACCAGUACGGUAUAGUGAGCGUAACCCAUCGUGUGCUAGGCUCGUUAAGAAGGCCGAAAAGCGUACGCCCGGGUGAGAAUGGUGCUAACAAUGUACAGAACGGUGAGCGCCGUAAGACACCGAACGGAACGCCGCCAACUGAUGUGCCGAAGGUCAUCUUUACCGUAGACGAUGAGCAAAGCUGGACCUCGAUCGAUCUUGAGUCGGGGUACGACGAUCGUACGCCAAACGGUGCCGACAGUGCGCACGAUGCCGACCACCAUCUGACCACGGAUCCCCUUCCACGGCUGGAGCAUUACCGCACCUCACAGAAAGCGAUCCGGCGGCCCUCGAUCGGCGAGCUGCACGGUGAUCUCGACGAGCAGGACACGGAUGCAAACGAUAGGAAUGAUUCGUGUCAAACCGGCCCAGACCAUGACGGCAUCCGGCUCGGCUGGGUGCAGGGUGUGCUCAUACCCUGCCUGCUCAACAUCUGGGGCGUGAUGCUGUUCCUGCGCCUCAGCUGGGUCGUCGCGCUGGCCGGCAUUCUCGAAACGCUGCUCAUCAUUGGCCUCUCGUAUCUGGUGUGCGUGAUAACGACCCUGUCCCUGUCGGCAAUGUGCACGAACGGGCAGGUGAAGGGCGGCGGCAUCUACUAUCUCAUAUCGCGCUCGCUCGGUCCCGAGUUCGGCGGUGCGGUCGGGAUCGUGCUCGCCUUCUCCAACUCCGUCUCGGCCUCGAUGAACACGAUCGGGUUUUGCAGCUCUCUCAACCAGCUGCUCGCAAGCUUUGGAGUGAAAAUCUUCGACGGUGGCGUCAACGAUAUGCGGCUCGUCGGCACGCUAACGAUCCUGCUGAUGGUGAUCAUCUGUGCGGUCGGGAUGGACUGGGAAGCGAAGGCACAGAAUGUGCUGGUCGUUGCGAUCGUGCUCGCGAUCGGUGGCUUCACGGUGGGUGUGCUGCUCGGGCCACGCACCGAUGCCGACCGGGCGAAAGGAUUUACCGGCCUGUCCGGGGAGCGGUUCGUCGACAACCUUGGCCCGGACUACCGGCACAGCGAGGGCAUCGAGCAGGACUUUUUCAGCGUGUUCGGCAUAUUCUUCCCGAGCGUGACGGGCGUCCAGGCGGGGGCCAACAUUUGCGGCGAGCUGAAGGACCCGGCCACGGCCAUACCGAAGGGGACGCUGCUGGCGCUGCUCAUUUCCGGCCUGUCGUACGUUGCCUUCGUACUGCUGGCCGGUUCGGCCAGCUACCGGGAUGCAUCGGGCGAUCUGGCCGAUCUGGUCAAUGGUACGUUCGGUCGCUGUAGCUCCGGACCCCAGGAGCCCUGCCGCUACGGGCUGCACAACGACUACAACAUCAUGCAGCUGAUGGCCGUGUCCGGUGCGCUUAUCUAUGCCGGUUGCUUUGCCGCCACGCUCUCGACAGCGCUCACGAACCUGACGUCCGUGCCGCGCAUCAUUCAAGCGCUCGGGACGGACCGGCUCUACCCGGGGCUGACGUACUUCGCGCAAGGGUUCGGCAAGCGGAACGAACCGUACCGCAGCUAUGCGCUCGUGCUGUGCGUCUCGGUGCUGUUUGUGCUGCUCGCCAACCUGAACCUGCUGGCACCGCUCAUCACCAACUUUUAUCUCGCCUCGUACGCGCUCAUCAACUUUUGCACGUUUCACGCGGCCACGGUAAAGCCGAUCGGUUGGCGACCGACGUUCCGGUACUACAACCAGUGGGUCAGCCUGCUCGGGACGGUGCUGUGCGUGCUGAUCAUGUUCCUGAUCGACAUCAUCUCGACCGGCGUGACGAUGGUGCUGAUCUUUGUGCUGCAUCUGGCCGUCAUCUACCGCAAGCCGGACGUGAACUGGGGCUCGACCACGCAGGCGCAAAGCUACAAGAGUGCGCUGUCCGCCGCGCUCAAGCUGCAGUGCGUGGGCGACCACGUGAAGAACUAUCACCCGUCGGUGCUGGUGCUGACCGGGCAGCCGGCCACCCGGCCCGCCCUGAUCGAGCUGGCGCACCAGAUCACGAAGCGCCAGGCGCUGCUGAUCGUGGGUGACGUGGUGCGGGACCGGCUGUCGCACCGGAAGCGUGAGCUGCGGUCGCGCGACUGUCGCAGCUUUAUGGAGCUGCGCAAGAUCGAGGGCUUCUAUCAGCUGAUCGAUGGCAUCGGGCUGGAGAAGGGGGUGCGCGCGUUAAUACAGACGUCCGGGGUGGGCAAGCUGUCGGCCAACAUUGUGCUGGUGGGGUACAAGGCGGACUGGAUGCGGUGUCCGGUGCAGGAGCUACAGACGUACUACAAUGUGCUGAACGAUGUGUUCGACAAUCGGAUGUCAUUGGCCGUGUUGCGACUGCCGAAUGGGUUGGAUUUGUCCUACCUAACAUCGGACGGACCUUCGAACACCGGCGGCAGUCUGGGCACGAUCGCGAACGAUUCCUUGUCGAGCCUGCAGCAGCAUAUCAUUGACGCCUCCGCAGCCCAUCAAACCACCAACAAGCUCAUGUACGUCGAUUCCAACCUUGGAUUCCAGGGCGCCGGGAAGGUGGGCCGAACGGAAAGCCCUUCCAACACGAGCCGUGAAAGCAUCGCGUGCUCGACGCGGGCCGAGUCCUGUCUGCCGCUCGAACUGCACGACCGGCUGAACGUGUUCCGGCACAAACAACCGAAGGGUACGAUCGAUGUCUGGUGGCUGUAUGAUGACGGUGGGCUUACCAUGCUCAUACCCUACAUCCUCUCGAUGCGCUCCAAGUGGGCCGACUGCAAGGUGCGCGUGUUUGCCCUCACCAACCAGCAGCGGGAGCUGGAGCUGGAGCAGAAGAACAUGGCAAACCUGCUGGCGAAGCUACGGAUCGACUACUCCUCGCUCAUCAUGCUGCAGGACGUCACGCAACCGCCCCGGCCGGAAACGGUCCAGCUGCACCAGCAGCUGCUGAAAAGCUUCGACCAUCUGCCGGCCCAUCUGACGCCACCCGAGCUAAGCUCGCCGGAGCGGGUUGCGCUGGCGGAAAAGACCCAUCGCCAGCUGCGGCUAAGGGAGAUGCUGCUGGAGCAUUCGCUCGAGGCACGCUUGAUCGUGAUGUCCAUGCCGAUGCCAAGGAUGGGUACCGUUUCGGCCUCGCUGUACAUGUCCUGGUUGGAGAUGCUGUCCAAGGACAUGCCACCGAUGUUGCUCGUGCGCGGCAACCAGACUUCAGUAUUGACGUUCUACUCCUAGGUGCGGUGCUUUGCGAGUCGAGAGAACUUUCGGUUUAAUGCUUCUGUACACUAAAAUAGAUGUUAACUAAUGGCAAUUAAAAUGGGACGCAAAUGGAA